AAUUGACUCAAAAGAAAAUGUAACAAGGUGACAUCGUGUACGUACCUCAAAUACAAAAGCUGGAUUCUAUAGAAGAAACCGUUUGGAGCAAAGUCGUGUUUGUUUGUAAGAAAACGUGCAGGGAAUCUGACAACUGAAAACCCCAUCAUCCCUUUCUAUCUUUCAGAAUAAUUUAUCUAUCAUUCUAUCUUCCAAUGAAACUUUUCUUUCGUUAGUUAUCAACUGGACUUCUUCUGUGAGAACGUUAUCAGGAUUUUUCAUUUUCUCCGUGGCAUUUUUUUCCCUCGUAAACUCAUAUUUUCUCCUUCUCUGUUAAUCACACAAAUCAUCGAUUUUCCUUGAUUCUGGAAAUGGGUCAUUGCCCCUGUUUUGGUUUGUUAAAUAGAAAGAAGAAGCACAAGCGCAACAAUAGCGAUAACGAACCAUCUCAUGAUAUAGAAACAAGAUCAGAGCCAGAAGCAGUAUCAGCAUCAGCAGGAUCAAAAUCAGGGUCGAGAUCAAAAUUUAAUGCAGAUUCGAGGCAAGAAUCAUCCGUUCCAAGACACAGGGCUGAACCUUCUAAUAGUAAUGUGGCUCCAACAUUCACCCAUGAAGAACCAUCAGCUCCAGGACAUAGGGCUGAACCUUCUAAUAGUAAUAUGGCUCCAACAUUCACUUAUGAAGAACCAUCAGCUCCAGGACAAAGGGCUAAACCUUCUAAUAGUAAUAUGGCUCCAACAUUCACCUAUGAAGAACUUGUAAUUGCAACAAAUAAUUUUCACCCAGAUUCUGUUCUUGGCAGAGGUGGUUUUGGUGCUGUUUAUAAAGGGAAAUUAAAAAGCACUGAUCAGAUUGUAGCAGUUAAGCAGCUAGAUCUAUCAGGCAUCCAAGGAGAAAGGGAGUUCCAGGUUGAAGUUCUAAUGCUUACUCUACUGCAUCACCCUAACCUUGUCAACUUGAUUGGAUACUGUGCGGAAGGAGAACAGCGCCUUCUCAUCUACGAGUACUUGUCCAAAGGAUCAUUGGAAGAUCACCUUUUCGAUGUUACGCCUGAUAUUGAGCCUCUUGACUGGAAUACAAGGAUGCAAAUAGCUGCUGGGGCAGCCAAUGGAUUGGACUUUCUGCAUAAUGCAAAUCCUCCUGUUAUUUACCGGGACUUAAAAGCAUCGAACAUUUUAUUGGGUGAGGGAUUCCACACAAAGCUCUCAGACUUUGGACUUGCAAAGUUUGGUCCAGUUGGAGGUACAUCUCAUGUCUCAACCAGGGUCAUGGGCACGUUUGGCUACUGUGCCCCUGAGUAUGCAUCAACUGGAAGAUUGACAAUGAAGACUGACAUUUACAGCUUUGGGGUACUCUUAUUAGAGCUAAUAACAGGACAUAAAGCAGUGGAUGAAAUUAAUGGUCGCCAAAUGCAUCUGGUUCAUUGGGCACUUCCUUUGUUGAAAGACCGUGGAAACUUUUUAAAAUUAGCAGAUCCAUUGCUGAGAGGUCACUUCUCAAUUUCUUUAUUGAAAAAGGCUGUAGGGGUAGCAUUAACAUGCCUGAAUGAGAAUGCCAGUAGACGUCCUUCAUCAACUGAGUUGGUGACAGCCAUGGAUUAUUUGGUUUCAAAUAAAUAUGAAGCUGGGGGAUCCAACGAGACAUGGCCUGAGAUUGAUUUGACUCCAAGUGUAAAUCCAGAGAUUGUAGAGACGGAAUUAGAUCGAGAUUGUGCAGUUGCAGAGGCCAGGAAGUGGGUGGAGAGUUGCAGAGAAAAGAGAGAACAAGGUCCACUGUCUACAUGAUAUCUAACACUACCAGAAGAUAUCAAUUUAUUUUAUGAUCCCCAACUUAGUUUUCCUUGUCCUUUAAAUUCCUUCAAUACGUAUAUUUCUGGUGCUUGCCUAUACAUACAUACAAUCAUACAUACGUUCAUAUAUAUAUAUAUAUAUUGUUUGUGUUUUGGUAAAGCUGAGGUUGCCUUCUUGUAGCUAGGAAAUUCUUCAAGAACAGAGCCAUUACUGAAAAUUGUAAAGGUGGUUAGACUUUCAUGUUGUAUCUUUUAAUUCAUAAAUUAGCUUUUUGAAUUAAAAACUAAUAUCCCUUAGUUAGAUAAAUUCACCCAAAUUUCUAACUAUGUAUUGGGAUCUCAUAUUGUAAUAUUAA